CCAAAAACUCGAUUUGUGAGUAGCUUCGUCAUCUACCCUAAAUCUCUUCCAUCCCAUUUUACGACCUUCUAAAACCCUCACUCUCAUUCUCUCUGAAGAUUCUGUACAGUUCCAGUUCAGAUUAUCGCGUUCUAAAGGAGUUUGAGUGAAGAAAGAUGAAUAAGAAGAAGAUCUUUAAACUUGCAAAAGGGUUUAGAGGGAGAGCAAAGAAUUGUAUUAGAAUAGCAAGAGAGAGAGUUGAAAAGGCUUUGCAGUAUUCUUAUAGAGAUCGAAGAACUAAGAAAAGGGAUAUGCGAUCACUCUGGAUUGAACGUAUCAAUGCCGGUUCUCGCUUGCACGGAGUGAAUUAUGGAAACUUCAUGCAUGGGUUGAUCAAGGAAAACAUCCAGCUAAACAGAAAGGUGCUAUCGGAGAUAUCCAUGCACGAACCUUACAGCUUCAAAGCCCUAGUUGAUGUCUCCCGUCAAGCCUUUCCAGGAAACAAGAAGAUUGCUGAAGCCUCUCCCAAAAAGCAAGGCUUGCAGCUACUGUUAUAAACUGCUAAUUUCGUUUUGAUCUACUGUGACCCUCAUAGUCGUAUCUCAAGCUGCAGCGCUUAUGCUUUGGGGUUGCAUUUUUGUGGUCAGAAGUAGCUACAGAGAAGCAUAACCGUGAGUAGAAGUUUUAUAUGAGACACUAGGGAGUAUAAUUUUGGUUUUGUUCUUACUGGACUAGAACUUAUAUUUUACUUUAAUUUGUAGACCUUAUUUUGGUUGCAAUAUUAAUAAAUUGUAUUCAAACAGGUUUACUCUUGUAUAAGUCUUGGGCGCAAAAACUUCAGUAUAUAUCCAGAUUCAGAAAUCCUUACUUUCUGCUGUGUAUUGUAGCCCAGAUUGAUUUCUCACUAAAUUAUGAAAACAGUUUUACC